AUGAAUCCUCAGAACAAGAAGAAGAAGAAGCUCUUCGGGUUUCUAGACCGAAGCCACUCAAAUCCUCAUUUACCAGAGAGCGGACCUAGUGAAAUCGAGACGUCCUCUCUCCCGCCUUCACAGCAUGAAUCUCGCAAAGGACUCCCGGUUCCCAAGUUCUUGCGCAAGGUCAUCAAGCGCCGUCCUGCUUCAAGCGCUCAAAAAUCACCACACCCUGAACCCGCAGCUGUAGGUUCCAGCGUACAACCUGUCCCACCUUCUCAGACAACUCAGGAUCCUUCACCACCCAUUGCUCCCGCUCCCGAAGCAGCUCCGGACCAGGCUUCUAAUUUAGCGAUUCCAAAGCCCGAACCACCAUCUGACCUGAAGCCUGUAGAGACAGCGCUCGCGGAUGCCGAAGCAGGUUUCAAAGACAUCGCACGUGGCUCGAAAAGCGUUCAAGAUGCAGCUUCAGUACCCAACAACUUACCGUCCGAUCCCAAUACGAUCGACUCGCUCUCCGCGAUACUUGGACCCUUGAAGGCAUUCAACUCCAUCGCUACCGAACUCGCAGCUCUCCAUCCCUAUGCAACGCUGGCAUUGGGUAUCUUCACUUACGCGUCCAAGGUUGAUAAGAAUGUUUGA